GCAUAGUUAAAGGAAUCCAUUGGACUUUGAAGCCUAGCCAGAGGUGCACAGGUCCACCGCCGUGUAGCACGCGUGGGACGCAGACUGGGCCCUCUUCUCCAGUCAAAUUAACCUCAUCACAGAAGUGCUAUUCUACGGGAUCGAGUCAGAAUGUGCCAAACACGGUCAGAAACUAAACUAGUUGGAAUAUUGAUUUGGGUUAGGCCAAAGUCACCAUCAAGUCGUACGGUUAAUGACGCAUUGUUGAUGUCGAAGUGGAUGGGGAUUUGGGGACCUAUCCAGCGCAUUGUGGUUUCUCCCAGCGCUGCCAACUACUAAAGGGGAGGAGAGGACAGCCCAGUCACGACAAGGAGUGUUUCCCAGGCACUGGAGUUAAGAGCGCUCUGAGAAAACUCAAUGGACUCUCCUUACUUCAACUAUUCGUUUUCUGAAACAGCAGUUCCUAAGGCCGAAAGGCUAGAAUUAUUAUACCUCUACCUCUCUAAUAGCAUGCACUUCACCUCUAAACGGGAAUAAUCUACUUCAUGUGAAGAACGGAGGGCUCUAGUUGUGUUUCCGUGCAGUGGAGGGGCAGUCUCUGCGGCCCGCGUGUGUGCGCGCCUUGGAUGGAGUCCUGAAGACCCGGAUCUACUCUGAGGUAGGCUACAGGUGCGCAUAGGAUGCACGGACCAACCGUAUACUUCCAGCUAAUUGAGAAACGAAGCAUCAAGUAUCAAGGGAACAGUGAGCAGUGAAGCUAGUCUACAGCGUGUCGCUUGCGCCAUGCCAGUCAUGGUGAAGAAUGCAGUGAAGUUGUGAAGGACCCAGGAAGUGUGAGGAGUUGCUGAGCGAGCCCCCCCGUGUACAUGCUGUUCUGAGUGCCAGUGUCCUGCGGAACAGAACGUCAGAGCCCAGGCGAUGGUCCAGCUGUCUGUCUUAACCUGCCUAUUUGGAGGCCUCUUGGGCCUAUUACUGCUGGUACCGGUGCUCCUGGCCCCCACGCCCCCUGGAAUGUGCACGGCCCUGAGAACCAUCAACAGCAACCUCAGCCAGAGGCGGAAAUACAUGCAGCAUAACUUCCCCAUCAACUACACCAUCAGGGUUCACUACGAGGAGGUCUUCAAGCCCUCCAACAUCAGCAGGCUGAAGUUAAAAAUCAACAACUUGGAGAUGUUUGCUCUCCAGAGGUUGUGGUUUCAUGUCAAUCACGGCAUCCUGAAAAAGAUCCUGCGGGUGAUCCCGGAGAGGCACCCCUCGCGGCGCUACGGCGCCGAGCUGGAGCGCCGCUUCAGGGACGCAGAGGGGAUCUUUGUUCAGUCGCACCCGUCUGAGGCGUUCCAGAGAGAACUCCCAGAGAAGGUACAGGAGAAGUUGGACAGGAUGACGGAACACCUGGACAACGUACCCGAGACCAGCUGGCGGUUCGUCCCCCCGAAGCAGCUCCUUGAUAACUUCCAGCGCUCCAUGCGCUGUCUCUUUAGGGAGUGCUUCUCCCAGGUUAAUCCCCAGAUUGACUUGUGUGGAAACUCUCGCUCGAAGAAAGACAGAAAAGUAACCCAGCGACAGCCGCAGCUUCCAAGGUGAGGCAAAUGGUGGAAGCUAAUCCUACCAAUGGACCGAUUGGGGAUGGGACAAGAUCUCAAAAUGAAAGACUAUUUUUUUGGGAUAUUCUACCCAAAAACUAAGGUUACGUAUGUUAUUUCUAAAGUUUGCCUACGUGAAUACUUUCCCAAAGCUGCACUUGAAAGGAAAGGAAUAGGUCAUACAAGAGACAGAUCCUUGAUUGGACACAAUAACUGUUCAUGAGUAGGGAGUGCAGAAUUCUGCUUUAAGCCUGGAAAGUCGUUUCAGGAGGACAACUUCACUGCCAAAGAGGAUUAUUUGUCAAUCGUAGGAAAGAUAAGAGCCAGGAGAGGUUUCAGGUUUUUUGUGAUGGUCGUGUUUACACAGUCAGUAUCUAUCUACAUACAGAAUCUAGAUAUAUAUUGUUAUAUAUACCUUCCAGUCGACACAUAUUUUAUAAUAUAUAAUAUAUAUAUAUAUUAUAUAUUGUAUGUGCAUUGUGUACAUUGUAUGUACAUUGUUUUCUUUCCGUUCCUAGUAAUAGCAUGAAAGCUGUGUAGAUUGGUUUGCGAACGUUACCUUAUCUUACUUCAGAGAAGUUAUGGUUGAAAGCAAUUGGUGAAUCAAUUUCUGUCAUGGUCUGUUGCAUUGUCAAAUCCCUUUCCAUGAUACGAAGACUAUACAAUUGGUUUCAUGAUCACCAUAACAAGGAAUUACUAAGGAACUACUAAGCCGACUUCCUUAGACACAAUUGAUUCUCUGGGAUUUUCUUUAUUUUUUUUACAGUCAGUAUGAAACCAUGACCAAUGGCUCAGUUAUUUUUAAUUUCCAUUCAGACGUGUCAGAUUAUUACUAUGAUUUUUUUUUUCAUUCUCUCAUAGAAAGACGGCUAAACAAUAAAUAUUUGUGUUUAUAAUCCAAACUUAAAGCUGCAGUGUGUAGAAUAGAUUAUGCUAAAUUCUGCACACUACACCUUUAAUAUACUCACCUGUUACUGCUUAUCUUGGUCCACUUGUGAAUUGACCAUUGUGACCAUAUAAAUUCGGUUUGAAAUUGUAGCAACCAUCAUAUAUGAUUGAGUAGUUGACCCCGACCAUUUGCCCUAAAUAAUUUUAUGUAAAAGCUUUGCUUUUCAUUGCACUGCUAGAGUGAAUCCUGACUUGGACAGCUGAGCAGCCAUAAACUUUGACUGAAAUCUAAGACUUUUCAUUUCUGGAAACAUAGAACUAUAUUGUGUAUGGUCAGACUCACUUAUAAUAGAAUUCACUUUUGCCAAUGAGCCGCAUAGGAAUGCCAAUCAAAGCCAAAGUGUUCAUGUCAUGGUGUAAAAGUAGUGAUAUGAUGCGGCUCAUGGUAACAAGACAUGGAAGUUCACCAACUCAUUCUGCUUCUGUUUCUGUCAUGCUCAGAGAGAAAAUAAAUAAAUAAUUGUGUUAAUUUUACUUUAUUUACCUAAUUUAAAUUAAAAACUGUUUGCUCCAAACAUUGUUAUGUUUGGUGUGAAGCCACUAAAACCAACACUUUGAUGGGAAGAUUAAAUAAAAACUGGCUAACCAAGGCUACUGACUGGGCACUUAUCAGUUUGCUUUAUUUUUUAGCAGUAUUAAAAUAGCCCUAAAAACACACUACACUAUAACAGCAUAUACAAUAUCUUGUAUCUAUUUUAUGUUUCAACAUAGAAUUAUUAAAUGGCCUUGUGAAUAUUUUCCCUCUUUUAUAACCAAAGUGGUAUUGUAGUUAUUCAACUAAAAGUCACCCAAUUUGUUUUAAUGUUUAUUUUUAAAUUUGUCUUAUAAAUCAGAACAUCUUUGUUAUAAAUGCAAUUCUUUUGUUUUAUCUUUGUAACAAUGCUUAAAACGAAUUUAUCAGCCGCAUUUGCCAUUAUUUCCAUUAGCUCUCAACAGUUAAUAACAAGAUAACAUGCCAUUUAAAGGGAAAACACAUAACUACUUCCGUCCGCCCGAACAGAGGAUAGGAGGGUAAUAGAGAGUAAUAAAUGUCUUUGUUACUUGCACAGUCUAGGUGGAGGAUUCCCCCUGAUAUUGUAAGCUCUAGUCUUUUCUUUAUAUUUCAAAUUACAUAAAGCUGGAGUCCAGAAGAAGGAUUGGCUACUGCUUCGAUGGUGCCGACCAGUUUAGUUUCUUAAGCAAUCAUUUGGGCAUAAUCCGAGAGGUGGAUGGGGAACCAUUCACUGUAGGGUCCCUGUGUGACUUGCAUGAACACAUGACCAUACACUGUGCAACAUCUGAUUGGGCUGGAAGGAACAGGGAAUGUGAUUAAGAAGUCCUUGUUGACCUGUAUCUGAAGGAACUAUUAUGUAGCUUACUAUCUUAAGCAGCUCCUGAAAUGUCUUCAGCUUGUUGCUUGGUAUCUAGUACGCAUGAGGUAUCCCAUAAAUGUAUUAUUAAGGUGUGUCAACUAGAAGGUUGGGCAUAUGCCAUUAGUUUUAGUUAAAUACAAUCCAAACAUUCUCACUACCUUCUGUUAUUUAUCAGCCCACUUGCUGUGUUUGUUUUGAGUUUGUUUGAAAUGAACACUCCAUCACCUCUUUGAGAUUUAUAUUGUAUGCACUAAGAAGCACAUGACGGAAUAAGAACAUAAUUGUAAAAAACGUAUUUGUUGCAUUAAAGCCUUCAGUUGUACAAGCCAUGUAUUGACCACCCUAUUCUGGAUUUAUUGGCUUACAUUGUUUCUUUCUCUGCUAAGAAUUAGGAAAACAAUUGCAUAAUGGAAAUACAAUGUUUUACAUUAUUGCAAAAUGUUCACAGUUUUGUCAAAUACUAUCGCUGUCACUCCAGGGACAAUGAUACUGAAAAUAAAUACAUAAAUAUGCAUAUUAUUAUUAGAUUAAACUUCUUUAUUAAUAUUCACCAACCAUACCAAUAAAACAUAUCUGCCUUAAAACUAGAAUUGUUGUCAGGAGUAAGCCUGUGCUAUAAAUUUUUAACAUUUGUAUCAUUGAAUGGUUCAUGUAGAGAAUCGCUUGGUGCAGCAUGUUGCAGUCUAACCGUGGGCAAAAAUUUUAUUAACAGGGUUUUAUUCAUGACAAGAUGUUGAAUGUGUUUAUAUUUAAAUGUGUACGUUCUGGUGAAAGGCUUUUUUAUCAAUUAAAUAUAUUUAUGUUUACCAAGUCA